AUGUACAACAGCUACAACGCGAACGAGUUGAGAAAGCACUGCGAAACAUCGAGAGUCGUGUGCACCGGAAUUGGCGUCGUAAAUGGGGUUGGAGUCGGGCUGGAGAAGUUUUGGGAGAAUCUCAUCUCCGGGUAUAACUCGAUUGACAAAAUUACCAAAUUUGACGUAACAGGCAUGGCCUGCGGCAUAGGCAGCGAAAUUGAUAAGAAAAAUUUCAACCCGUGUGAUUAUUACACAAACAAAAAGGAUGCUAAUCGGAACGAUGAUUGCACGCACUAUGCUGUGGCUGCAACAAGAUUAGCCAUAGAUGACGCAAAAAUUGACUUACACAAAAUUGAUUGCAACAAAGUAGGGACCAUCAUCGGAAGUGGGAUCGGUGGUUUGCUUUUUCUAGAAAAUGAAAUGAAAACAUUGUAUGAAAAGGGACAUAAAAGAAUAAGUCCUUAUUUAAUCCCAGCAAUGAUAGCUAAUACACCAGCAGGGUUUGUAUCCAUGGAGCAUAAUUUACGAGGCAUUUCACUUGGUAUGCUAAGUGCCUGUGCAACCUCUGGCAACACAAUUGGGGAAGCAUAUCGAUAUAUUAAGUAUAAAGAAUACGAUGUGAUGGUUUGUGGAGGAACUGAGGCAAGCAUUACUCCUAUAAGUUUUGCCGGAUUUAACGCAUUGAGAGCGUUAUGUAGUGGAUAUAAUGAUAACCCCAAAAAAGGGUGUAGACCGUUUGACUUGAAAAGAAGCGGUUUUGUCAUGGGAGAAGGGGCCGGAAUUUUAAUUUUAGAGUCGUAUGAACAUGCACUUAGGAGGAAUGCCAAAAUAUAUGGAGAAAUUUUAGCAUACUCUUCCGAAAGCGAUGCUUUUCAUAUCACAGCCCCAGAGCCAACUGGACGGGGACUAUGCAAUUCUAUCAACAAGGCUAUAAAAAAUGCAAAUAUAAACCUAUCCGAUGUUAAGUACGUAAAUGCACACGGAACCUCUACCAAUCUGAAUGACAAAAUUGAAACCAAGGUAUUAAAAACUGUGUUUAAAGAUCACGCAUAUAAGUUGCAUAUAUCUUCUACUAAAAGUAUGACUGGUCAUUGCAUAGGAGCUGCAGGCGCAAUUGAAUCCAUCGUAUGUUUGAAAGCAAUGGAAACAAAUAUUAUUCCUCCCACCAUUAAUUACGAACACAAGGAUGUUGAGUGCGAUUUGAAUUAUACACCAAAUAAGAGUUUACACGCGAAGGAAAAUAUAGACAUUUCGUUAAAUACCAAUUUAGGAUUUGGUGGACACAACACUGCUCUGUUGUUUGGGAAAAUUAAAAAAUGA